GGAGGACGUGCGGGCGGCGCCGCAGGAGACCCGCGCGCUCUACCGAGAGUACCGCGCCCUGAAGGAGGCCCUGGGUCAGGCGGGCGAUGUCGGGCGCCGCGGCCCCGUGCAGUCGCUUCCGGCGGCAGCGGAGGAGGAGAUACCUGAGCCUGGCUGCUGGGGGUCCCACCUGAAUCGGGCUGCAACCCAGAGUUCUCAUCCGAGCCCAGAGCAGAGCUCUCGGGGUUCUGCGCAGGACUAUGGGGAGAGGAUUAAGGCCAACCUGAAGGGCACCCUGCAGGCUGGGCCAGCCCUGGGCCGCAUACCCCGGCCUCCACGAAGAACCCCAUCCAUGCCUUCCACGGGGCCACCAGAUGCAGGGGUUACCACCGUCUCUCCACAAGUCAGUGACGUGCCCUCCCAGCCUCCCAGGCCCCAGCUGAGGCCAGGCCGGCUCCAGCAGCUGCAGGCAUCCCUGAGUCUGCGGCUGGGCUCCCUCAAUCCUGACUGGCUGCAGCGUUGUCACAGUGGGGCCCCAGAUUUUCUGGGGACUCCUGAGGUCUGCCAGCCUGUCCUGGGUACAGAGAAGCCACAGCCUCAGACUUCAGGUGUCCUUGGUCCCAGUACUGGCCCGGGGGAACCUUUACAGGGACCAGAGGCUCCAGCUCUACCGGCAGCCAGAGUCAGUGCAGGAAGCCCCCCACUUGGUAGCAGUCAAAGCAAGAAGCGGAGACGGGAAGGGGAGCUGGAGGAGAGCCCUGCGCAGGCUCAGCAGAACAGCGGCCACGCGGGAUCCCUGCCCGGGGGAGCUGGGGCCGCAGCGCUUUCAGGACACGGUCCGGGGGCGCCCGUGCAGGCACAGCCCCCCGCCAGCCCCACGGCCCGCAGGCCAGCCGUCUGCGACAGGGGUAAUUAUGUGCGGCUCAACAUGAAGUGGAAACGCUACGUCCGGGGCCCGGCCUUGCGUGGCCAUCUCCUCCGUAAACAGGUGUAUAAGCAGAAGUGGCAGAAAAAAAGGGAGUGUUUUGGGGGUGGUCAGCCUAGAACCACCGCCAAGGAUUCUUGCUUCCGAUGUGGGCAGCUCGGCCACUGGGCAUCCCAGUGCCCCCAGACAGAGCCUACCCUGGCCCCCCAGAAGGAGGAUGGCAAGGGUGAGGAUGGCGUGCACACCCUGCCCACGUUGGAGGAAGUAGCCCAGAGGAUGGGCACUGCCUAUUCCCAGCUCUCUGCAGGUGAGGAAAAUGCACAGCCCGGGCCACCCUGCCCGCCCCAACCCAUGCCACCACUCUACCAGCCAGGAUGCUCAGGGCAGGUAGCAGAGACGCCAGCUGAGGUGUUCCAGGCCCUGAAGCAGCUGGGGCACCAAGCCUUCCGCCCUGGGCAGGAACGCGCAGUCAUGCAGGUCCUGUCUGGCAUGUCUACACUGCUGGUGCUGCCCACCGGUGCUGGCAAGUCCCUGUGCUACCAGCUACCUGCGCUUCUCUAUGCCCGACGAAGCCCUUGUCUCACGCUGGUCAUCUCUCCUCUCCUGUCACUCAUGGAUGAUCAGGUGUCCGGCCUUCCGCCAGGGCUGAAGGCAGCCUGUGUGCACUCAGGCAUGAACAGGAAACAACGGAACUCUGCCCUGCAGAAGGCUCGGGCAGCCCAGGUGCACGUACUGAUGCUGUCGCCCGAGGCGCUGGUUGGGGCUGGGGCAGGAGGUCCUGCUUGCCUCGCCCAGCUGCCUCCAGUGGCCUUUGCCUGCAUCGACGAAGCCCACUGUCUCUCUCAGUGGUCCCACAACUUCCGGCCCUGCUACCUGCGCAUCUGCAAGGUGCUGCGGGAACACCUGGGUGUGUGCUGCUUCCUGGGUCUUACAGCCACAGCCACACAUAGCACGGCCCUCGACGUGGCCCAGCACUUGGGUGUGGCCAAGGAACAUGUUCUCAGGGGACCAGUCAUCAUCCCCCCCAACUUGUACCUCUCUGUGUCCAUGGACAGAGACCCGGACCAGGCUCUGGUGACACUGCUGCAGAGUGACCGUUUUCGCUUCCUGGACUCUGUCAUCAUUUACUGCAACAGACGAGAGGACACUGAGCGUGUCUCUGCUUUGCUUCGCACCUGCCUGCGUGAAGCCUGGGCCCCAGGGCCCAGAGGCCGAGUCCUGGAGGCUGUGGCCGAAGCCUACCACGCCGGUAUGUGCAGCCGGGCACGCCAGCGGGUACAGCAGGCCUUCAUGGAGGGCCGGCUACGAGUGGUGGUUGCCACCGUGGCCUUUGGGAUGGGGCUGGACCGACCGGAUGUGCGGGCGGUGCUGCACCUGGGGCUGCCCCCAAGCUUUGAGAGCUACGUGCAGGCCGUGGGCCGUGCCGGGCGUGAUGGGCAGCCCGCACACUGCCACCUCUUCCUGCAGCCCCAGGGCGAGGACCUGUGGGAGCUGCGCAGACACGUACAUGCCAAUGCCACCGACUUCCUUGCCGUGAAGAAGCUGGUGCAGCGUGCAUUUCCACCCUGUGCCUGCCCUCGGCAGCUCUCAGGGCAGGAGGGAGGCGAGAGUCAGGACAAGCACUCGGCCUCGGCCUUUGUGACUGAGUCCCGGAGGGAGGACAAGCAACCUGGCAAUGAGCACACAGUCCGGUGCCCCGGUCACAAGCGGGCACUCCCGGUGCAGCCGACAGUGCAGGCCCUGGACCUGCCUGAGGAGGUUAUUGAGACCUUGCUGUGUUACCUGGAGCUGCACCCACAGCACUGGCUGGAGCUGCUGGCACCCACCCACGCCCGCUGCCACCUACAUUGCCCUGGGGGCCCCACACAGCUCCAUGCCCUGGCCCGCAGGUGUCCCCCGCUGGCUGUGUACUUGGCCAAGCAGCCGCCUGAGCAAAUGGGCAGGGGAAGCUGUGCUGUGGAGUUUGACGUGGUCGAGCUGGUGGACUCCAUGGGCUGGGCGCUGGGCCCUGUGCGACAGGCCCUCCGCCAGCUGCAGUGGGAUCCAGAGGCCAGGACAGGUGUGCCUCGAGGUACUGGGGUGACAGUGGAGUUCAGGGAGCUGGCCUUGCACUUGCACAGCCCCGGGGACCUAACAGUCCAGGAGAAGGACCAGAUCUGCGACUUCCUGUAUGGCCGCGUGCAGGCCCGAGAGCGGGAGGCCCUGGCCUGCCUGAACCGUACCUUCCAGGCCUUCCGCAGCAUGGCCCUCCCCAACUGCGGGCCAUUCCUGGAGCAGCCAGAUGAGGAGCACAGUGCCAGACUCAAGGCUUUGCUCAGCCAGUACUUCGAGGAGGAUGGGCUGGGGGGCUCAGGGGACGAGCAGGGCCCGGAGCCGGAGCAGGCCAGGGACUGGGAGGUCCAGAUCCGCAGGGACAUCCGCCAUUUCCUGUCCUCGUGGCCGGAGCAGCAGUUCUCGGGCAGGGCUGUGGCCCGCAUCUUCCACGGCAUUGGAAGUCCCUGCUACCCGGCCCAGGUGUACGGGCGGGACCGGCGCUUCUGGAGGAAGUACCUGCACUUGAAUUUCCACGCCCUGAUGCAGCUGGCCACAGAGGAGGUCCUGCUGUGGGGCCGCUGACCACCUGCGUCAGGGGCAAGCUCCCCAUGCUGCCGGCUCAGGCGUGAAUGGCUCCAUGUUGCAGUAUAGAGAGUGUCGUGUGCAGCAGCUCAUCAAGGCAAAGACAAGGGGACGUGGCUGGCCAAGACAGCGACUACCUUAGGCCAACCCCAUUGCUAGGGAUGUGGGGACAUGGAGGCCCGAAAAUGCAGAAUAAAAAACUUAAGUUAUU